UCUUUCAAAGGAACCUUUCACCUGAAUGCACAUUCUUAUAACGCUCAUAAACAGAGUAUGAUUAAUGCAUCGAAGUUUUUGGGUUCUACACUCCAUCAAGGUGAAUUUCAAGGAGUAGGUGCAUGAGCAGGUUUUCAGAUUGCACAUGAAGAUGCAUCAUUCAGUACCUAUCAUUGUGUUGACACUCUUAUACACACCACCUGGAAUAGACGGAGGCAAAGUGCUGGUGUUUCCACUAGACGGAAGUCACUGGGUAAACAUGAAGAUCCUUAUAGAGGAACUGCAUGCCAAAGGGCACAACUUGACUGUGUUGAGAGCCUCUAACAGCUGGUAUAUCAAGAAGGAUUCUCCUUUCUACAAUUCCAUCACCAUUCCAAACACUGGAGGAUUUGAUGAGGAGUUUUUCAGUUCAAUGAUCAGUCAGCUCUUGAAGAUUAAAAGAGAAGGGAAUUCCAUUUGGAACCGCAUUCAACUGGAGUAUGAAGUCAUCUUGAAAUUUAAAAGCAUGCAUGAAGAUAUGACACAGAUGAUCGAAAAACUAUUAGAGGACAAGGAAAUUAUGAAAUCAAUCAAAGAUGCCCACUAUGAUGUGAUACUGGCAGACCCAGCUGUUGGAGGUGGUGCGAUACUUGCACACAAAUUUAAUAUACCUCUGGUUUUUAAUGCUCGGUGGACGAUUAAUGGAGAGGGACAUUUUGCUAUUGCUCCUUCGCCCCUGUCUUAUAUUCCUGUCCCAGGAAUACUGUUAACAGACAUGAUGUCAUUUCUCCAACGGGUCAAGAAUGUUCUGAUUUACUUUUUCACCCUGUUCCAGAUUACAAUGAUUGCUGACCCCCCCUACAAAUCGUUCUGUAACAAACAUAUUGGUCCUGAUGUUCAUUACUUCACCCUUUUCCAGGAAGCAGACAUCUGGCUCAUGAGAACUGAUUUCACUUUUGAGUUUCCAAGACCCACAAUGCCAAAUAUUGUCUACAUGGGUGGCUUCCAGUGCAAACCUGCUAAGCCACUUCCAGCAGACCUUGAGGAAUUUGUGCAGAGCUCUGGACAACAUGGAGUCAUCAUCAUGACUUUAGGUACCCUUAUUGCUCAGCUUCCACAUGAUGUCACAGAUGAGAUAGCGGCGGCUUUUGCUCAACUUCCCCAAAAGGUUAUAUGGAGAUACACAGGACCUCGACCUGUUACCCUUGGAAACAACACAUUACUUGUAGACUGGCUCCCCCAGAAUGAUCUGCUCGGACAUACCCAGAUUAAAGCAUUUGUAGCACAUGGAGGCACCAAUGGAGUUCAGGAAGCCAUCUACCAUGGGGUGCCUAUUGUGGGUCUCCCUUUAGUGUUUGAUCAACCUGACAAUCUCUUCAGAAUGGAAGCGAAGGGAACGGCAAAAAUUGUAGACAUUGCAACUCUGGACAGGACUGUGUUUCUAGAGGCAUUAAAGGAGGUAUUGCAUAACCCAUUUUACAAGGAAAACAUGCAGAGACUGUCCAAGCUGCACCAUGAUCAGCCAAUGAAACCCCUCGAUCGUGCUGUCUUCUGGAUUGAGUUUGUCAUGAGGAAUGGAGGAGCCCCUCAUUUACGAACACAGUCUUUCAGAAUGUCCUGGAUUGCAUAUCACUCUAUAGAUGUUAUUUUGACUUUAAUUGCGACUCUUUUCAUGUGUGUAUUUUUCACUAUGUAUGUGAUUAGAUAUAUUUUUAGAGUUUUAUUCAAAACUAAAGUAAAACGUGCGUGAUAUUAAGACAGUGAUAUAUAGAAAUAAAUAUAGAAGAUUUUUGUAGAUAAAAAUGAAAUAAUUCUUGAAUGUGUUUUUUAAGGGUUUGUAAAACAUUUUGGUCCAAAGCAUGAGAUUAAAUAAUAAUUCAGACCAAAAAUAACUUUUCUCUUGAUAUAUCCAUAAAUUGUGUACUGCCUUUGUUUGCAUUCAACAAACUACUGUAUGACAUUACAAUAUUGAGAAUAUUGAGCCAAAAUACAAGAUUAAAAUCAUUUACAUGCACAAUUGACUGUACAAUACUAAAAAAAGGUUUAACUUGGAAAUGUGAAAAGCUUCUCUUUAUCAGCUUUAUUUGAGCUCUAAUCUAACAGUUCUAGAAACACUACAGCCUAAAUUAGAGGCAAUUAAUCACAUCAUGUACAUGAUACGUUAUCACUCCCUGACUCAUAGGCCUACAUGUUGAGAAGUUGUUAAGUCUAUUAAUGAUGCUUACAACAGUCCCUAACACUUACAGAUGUUGCUUGUUUUUGUUGAAGCAUUAUUUAAAAGAUCAAAAAGAGAUUCUUUCAUAUCAAAAAAUCUAAAGAUUAUUCAAUAACAACAAAUAACCGAGCAACUAAAGAUGCUGUAUAUGUGAAAGUAUUUGAAUAGUUCUAAGACAUUUACAGCAUGGCCACUAUUGCUACAGUACCAUCCAGCAUUACAGAUUAAAGCCUCACGGUGUCUUCACCGGACAUGACUGGCAUGUUGCAUUGCAUCAAAAGCGAUUAUAGCCUAAUCAAAGAUGCCAAAUAUCAUAUGUGUGAAUCUUUGUGACAUGAAUUUGAUUAGUUAUACAAUUAAAUAACUUUGGAUUGUUAAAUUAAAGCCAGCUUGUUGGUCUCUGGUCUACUCGGCUUUUGUUUUUAACUACAUGUAUAUGCAGUUUUAGCAACAAUAACAUCAUCAUAAUUAUAAUAAGUAAAUGUAUGUACAAGUGGAUGACGGUUGUAAAUAAAGUAUAAUACAGAUAAUUCACCAUUGCUGAAGUCUUCUUAACACACAACGUGCUUUCUGCACGUCAUUUAAAAUGUUAACUUCAUCGUAGUCUGCACUUGAAGUGACUUUGACGCUUCCAGUGCAGACAGCCUCAAGCCAUUGCGUCACGUCAACGGACACAUCCGAUCCAGACAGGGUCUAGUGCUGCAUUCCACACUAAGUUGGAAGUAGGAAAACCAGUUUAAAUUUCCCACUUCCAACCUCAAUGUACUGUAGUACCAGUGCUGGGCAGAUUACUUCUGAAUUGUAAUUGGGACUGAUUACAAAUUACAUGACAAAAAAUGCAAUCAGGAACAUAAUCUCGCAGAUUACAUUUUCAGUAUAAUCUAAUCUGAUCCCUUUUGGACUACUUUUAGAUUACUUCCAACCAAUCUUUUUUAUUUGAUGUCACAUGCAUUUAUUAUGGAAGUUUCUAGAAAUAUGGACAGGUUCCCGGGGUGUGUUAAACAACCGUGGUAAUGCAAUUUUACCAUUUUAAAAAGGGCAUCCUUGUGUGGUAAGAUAUAAGACCAGUUAUAUUUGGGAAUCAAUGUAACAAAAACGGCAUCAAGGCUUUCACUAAAGCAAAAGUGCAUUUUAAAACCAAGUACAAAAGCAAUUCACUAAACGAAAAAAAUGUUACACCAUAAACGCAACUCUAUUACAUUGUGAAUAUGAAACGAUGUGUAUUUGGGCAUUUUGAUGCAUUUGAUGGACAAAUCCCUUCCAAUGACAUAGUAACACUUAGUUAAAUUACACAAGAGUGAUAAUUCAAAUAAUACUUAAAAUGUGUUCGUCAAGAGUUAAGAAAUUUAAGAAACAUGCAAACUGCUAAGUGACUCCAGCCAGGUCUCCAAAGCAACCAAAUUAGCAUGGUUGCUAGGGAGGGUAGAGUCCCAUGUGGUAAUCUCCUCGUGGUCGCGAUUAGUGGUUCUCGCUCUCAAUGGGGCACAUGGCUAGUUGCGUGUGGAUCACGGCGAAUAGCAUGAGACUCCACAUGCUGUGAGCCUCUACAGUGUCAUGCACAGUGAGCCACGUGAUAAAAUGUGUGGAAUGACUGUCUCAGAAGUGGAGGCAACUGAGACUUGUCCUCCACCACCCGGAUUAGGAAUUGGUGGCCAAAUUAGGGAAAGAAAAAAAGACACAUGCAAACAUAUCUUCAAAUGCUUCUUUAAGUUUACAUUGCACUUACAUUGCAUAUUGAUUUUUUCCCCCCAAAUUACCUUGAAAGUGAAAUUAUCUCUGUAUAUCCAAUGGUCAAACGCUGAUUUAGACUGCUCCAUCAUCACCUGGCUAAGGACGAGUAUCAGGUCUGUGGCAAUUUGAAAACCCUCCCCCUCUCCCAAAAACACUGAAGAGUUACUGAACACAUAUAGCUAGGCUGCGUGAAAUAUUUUAAAGAUUUUAAAAAUAGAAUAUUUCCAUAUAAUGAACAAUUUACUCCUGUUGCCUAAAUAUCAUCACAAUCUUUUCACAGAACUUGAUUUUUGUAAUCUGAUUAAGUAAUCCAUAUGACAUGUAAUCAGUUACUACCCAGCACUGUGUAUUAAAGCAGUUUAUCUGGCUGUCCCAAAAUCAGUAGGCUAAAUUAAUAGUUUAAAAUAGCCACGUUAUUCAGAACUCUAGGGGUGUAUUUGUAACCUAUCCUGAUGUUAAAAAUAAUGGCAUGUACAAUCUUCCAGAUGCUAGCUAGAUUAAAGAAAUAUUCCAGGUUCAACACAAGUUAAGUUUAACCAACAGCAUAUAUGGCAUACUAUUGAUUACCACAAAAAACAAUAAUUUUGACUUGCCCCUCCUUUUAUAUAAUAUAACAAAAUCUUAAUUGCAGUGAAGCACUUACAAUGGAAGUGAAUGGGACAAUUUGUAACAUUAAAAUACUAUUUCAAAAGUAUGGCCGCAAGACAUAAAUAUGCCGUAAACAUGAUUUAAGUGGUAUAAAAUCACACAAUGUGUAAAGUUAUUGCCAAUUUUACAACUUCGUUGCCAUGUUGAUGUUAUGUCAACAAACCCUAAAAUGACAGUACAAGUGAUGAUUUAAAGAAAUUUACAGCCCAAAUAAUGCAUGAGUUUAAACAGAAGAAUGAAUGCAAGUACUUUUAUAAAGUUAUAAGCUUCACAUUUCUGUCUUUAAACCUAUUUUUAAAAUGAUAUUCUGUUUUAUAGA